AGCCCCCAUGUAGCACUCGCCCGCACCAUGGCCUCCGUCUCGGAGCUCACCUGCAUCUACUUGGCCCUCAUCCUGCACGACGCUGAGGUGACGGUCACGGAGGAUGAGAUCAAUGCCCUCAUUAAAGCAGCCGGUGUAAAUGUUGAACCUUUCUGGCCAGGCUUGUUUGCAAAGGCUUUGGCGAAUGUCAACAUCGGAAGCCUCAUCUGCAACGUGGGGACUGGUGGACCUGCCCCAGCAGGAGGGCCCGCCCGCCCCACCACUGCUGCCCCAGCUGAAGAGAAGAAAGUGGAAGCAAAGAAAGAAGAAUCUGAAGAGUCUGAUGAUGACAUGGGCUUUGGUCUUUUUGACUAAACCUCUUUAGUAACACAUUCAAUAAAAAGCUGAG